AUCAUACUUUCUCUCCCAUAUCUUCAGAUGGUGUUCAUUUCACAAGGAACAAGAGGACAGUUCCACUGAGAACUACAAUCUGCAGACAGGAAGGAUGCCGCAGCUCAACUGUUCCCGAGCAAGUCUUUUCAGAACGGAUUUCUUCAGUGAUGUCGGGUGUCCAGACGUGGCGGUGCUGUGCGGAAUGAACAUCUCUUGGUUACUGGAGAACGCCACUGAGGAGGAGGUGGAGGAAAUGUGCCUGAGUGAGGAGGAAUAUCUCGCCAGGCAACUCGGGCCACUGAGGUCCCCGGUUUUCCUUCCGGUCUGUGUCACCUACCUGGUCAUCUUUCUGGUAGGCGUCCUGGGGAACGCCCUCACCUGCGCGGUCAUCCUGCGCUACAAAUCCAUGCAGACGCCCACCAACUACUACCUGCUGAGCCUGGCCGUGUCGGACCUGAUGGUGCUGCUGCUGGGCAUGCCGCUGGAGCUCUACGAGAUGUGGCAGAACUACCCCUUCCUGCUCGGCGAGGGAGGCUGCAACUUCAAGGUCUUCCUGUUCGAGACCGUCUGCUUCGCCUCCAUCCUCAACGUGACGGCGCUCAGCGUGGAGCGCUACCUGGCGGUGGUGCACCCCCUGAAGGUCAGACACAUGACCACGUCCUCGCACGUCAAGAGGGUCAUCUUCGUGCUGUGGUUGCUCUCCAUGCUGUGCUCCGUGCCGAACACCAGCCUGCACGGGAUCGCGGUGCUGCCGCCGAGGUUUGGGCGGCACUUCCCCCGCUCUGCCGUCUGCCAUUUGAUCAAGCCCAAGUGGAUGUACAACCUGAUCAUCCUGAUCUCCACGCUGGCCUUCUUCAUCCUGCCCAUGCUGAUCAUUAGCAUCCUCUACCUUCUUAUCGGCUUGCAGCUGCACAGGGAAAGGAUGAUGACCGUGGUGGAUGACCGGUGCAGCUUCGGACCGGAAACCCUUAGCAGAUCCCACAGGCUGAAGCUGAACAAACGCAACUUUCAAGUCACCAAAAUGCUGUGUGUGUUGGUGAUCGUGUUCGGCCUCUGCUGGGCUCCCUUCCACGUGGACCGCCUCAUGUGGAGCUACAUGGACUCGUCCGUGGAGCGGCACAUCGAGAUCUUCGAGCACGUCCACGUCGUCUCGGGGGUCUUCUUCUACCUGAGCUCCGCCAUCAACCCCAUCCUCUACAACCUCAUGUCCACGCGCUUCAGGGAGAUGUUCGGCCACGUCACCUGCUUCGCAAACGUCUGGCCGACGCGCCCGAGCCUAGAGAUGACGCAGCGUAGCUCGAGUCGGAAAACGCACGGCAGCUCUAAAUGGACUCUGAAGCAAAUCACCUUGAACAGGGAAGGCUAA